AUGAAUGCUUAUGAAAAGAGUAGAAUGUCAAGGAUUCAAGAGAACCAAAAAAAAUUAAAAGCUUUGGGAUUGAAAAAUAUUGCUAAAUCUUUGACAAGUCUAGCAAAGAGUGACAAAACAAAGAAAAAGAAAAAGAAAUCAAUGGAUACCAACGAGAAAGAUAUAGAUGUAGAGUAUAUGCCUGGUUCUGAUGUUGAUGUUGAUGUUGAGCAAGAUUAUCAAGAAGCCGCUACAAAAAUCUCUAAAAAGAAACAACGUCCAACAUACAUUGCUUCGCAGUCCCUGAAAAGAUAUAAGAGAAAGUUAUUUGCAGUUGGCAACGAUGAUGACCAUGGGGAGCGUGACAUGAGAUUUCAUGAUGAUGUUGAAUUUGAUGAUAUUGAAGAUAUAGAUAUGAAUGAAGCUUAUGAAGAACAAGAUAGUUUUAAAGAUGAUGGAGAUAAAGACAUGGAAGAUUUAGAAAAGGUGAAUGAUUUAGAAAAUCAGAACGAUGAACUGGUUGAAGAAGAAUGUGAAGUUCUAGAAAAUGAAGAAGAGCAUAAAUUCGGAAUGUACGUAAAAGUGUGA